UUUAGAUUGGGAGCAGUGUAAUGGCUAUACAAUUUUCCACUGGAGCUCAAACGUUAACAGUUGCCGAGAGUGUACACUCCUUUUGAUAGCCAUUGGUGAUUGAAGCCUAUACAGAUUCAAGAAGGAAAAAACUUGUGUUGCCAAUUUUUACAAACGGUCAAAUUAAAUAGUAAAGAGAAAAAUCGAUUGAGAAUUCAGGUAUUCACUUGGUGUGUACACUUUUUUCAAUUGGAAAUCCAUUGUUCAAUUUAAAAUCAAAACUUUAAAAAGGAAAAAAAAACUGCACUGAAUAAAAUGGCCGCGAAACAAUCAAUUAUCAUUGCAAGUGUUUUACUCUUAGUGAUUUUCGUUGGACAAGGUUCAGCGAUAAAAUGCUUUGAAUGUAACAGUCACUACAAUCAAGGAUGCGAAUUGGAUGCAGUACCAUCAAACUUUUCUGUUGAUUGUUCAUUGAAACAGGAUCGUGAUGAUAGAAAUAAGCCAAUUCAGUACACGAUCUGCCGAAAGGUAUUGCAGGUCAUCGAAUUCUCAGUGAAUCAAUACACACCACUGUUUUCUGAUCCAGUGCCAGCAAAUACCAGAGUCAUCCGUUCGUGCGGUUUUGAUACAAGAACCUAUGAAAACACCUGCUACAAGAGACACGGUUUUGGUGGUCGUCAAAUUGUGUGCGCUUGCAAUCAAAGAGACAAUUGCAAUCACUCAAAUUCGUUAAAGAGUCCGAUCAUGCUUAUAGCUCUAUUAGGCAUUUUCGGCAUUGUAUUACAUUAAAAGUACGAUUGCACAUACAUCGCAAAACACAGCUAAAAACUUGCUUCGAAACGAAACAAGACAUUCACAUUGGAAAAAGAGUCCACCGAGACAAAGCCAAUCGCCAUUGCGACGCACUUAUGCUGAGUGAUUUUGUUUUCUAUAUUUUUUUGGGAUACUUUCUUAUUAGUUCUGAUUCCAGAAUUGACAUAGUAAAUAUUUUAAACGCACGCUCUAGACGUAGACAUACCACCGCAGUCACAGAGCGUUGUGUAGUGUGUCUUGCUACUUGAGUCAUUACAAUGAAUUCGAAUUUAGAUUUUAUUGAUCGUUAAACCAAGACAUCAGUUAGAAUUUUCGGUUAAACCCAAACAAUAUUAUAUAUGAGUCAGAGCGUUGUGACAUUAUACAAAAAAUAUAUCCCCUUGUAUCGUUCUAGUUGAUAACUUUUUAACUGUGUUCUUAUCGUAUAAGAGACCAAGCGAUUUGAAAAGUUUUCACACCCAUGACAACUUUUUUGAGACGCUUUUUUUAUUUACAUUUUAAUUAACAUUGUUAUAUAUCAAGUAUAAUUUCCUUCUCACCAAAAAAAACUUCAAAAACUUUUACCUGAUUACAGACCAAACCUAUUCUCCUAAGGUUGAUUUGAACUGUUAUCAAUUUAUGAUGCCAUUUAUUCAAAAAUCGUUUAUCGAUUAUUUCGGUUAUAUCAUUUGAGACUUAAAAUCACAAAUGAACAUAAAAUAGAAUUCUAUCUGAAAAGAUUGGCCCAAGCCAACUGAAUUUUAUCACCACAUGUUAUAUCUACAGUAGUUUAAAUUAAUGUAGAGACAAAUGAACUAGGAUAAAAACAAGAAAACUCCACGAUUUGUAUUCAUCGUCGUCGUCGUAAAGACAUAUGACUUUUAGUUGUCAUUUGUGAGUUCAGAAGCAACAAAAUAUAUAAAUUUAAAAAAAAUAUGUUUAUUUGACACACUUUUAGGCAGUAUGAUGUUAAAAUAAAUGUUUUUUUUGAUUCGAGGGUACUAUACGUGCAUAUAUGCUGUAGCCACAUAUAACAAAUAUACAUAAAAUACAUAUUUGUAACAUCAUCAUUCAUUCAUCCCAACCCAAAAAAAUGCAAUAGAUUAAUAAUAAAAUCAACAUUCAUCAAUUAUGUUCCAUAUUUUGUGCUUUUCAUUUGAAAUUCAUUUCAAAAUUAAAUUUGUAGUUAAGCUUUUUGUCAUUAAUAAACAUAACAACUAUUUGGAAUUCAUAACAGAAACAAAGCAAACCAUUACAUUUUAAUAAUUCAAUUUCAGCUAACAAUUUAUUUUCUUAGACAAAUUUGUAUCUAACAUAAAAGAAAACAACCAAACUUCAAAAAAAAAUUCGUGACAUAAAAGACACACUCACAUAUAUUUACUUAUCCACAGAAAAAAAAAAACAAGCUAACUGAAAACUAAAUGUAAAACUUAACUAAUAAAUGAAUGUAGGCAUUGAAUCUGCUUCGGUAAAUAGUAUGUAUUUAGUUUUUAUUGGUUUAAGUUUCGCAUCUCGUGCAAAUCGCAUUGUACUAUUGUCUGUUUCAGCUUUUUGGUUAAAAAAAUCUAUUUAUUAUUUUCACACGAAACAUACACCAACUAAGACUCAAGUUAAUCUGGUGUUAUGGAAAUGCAUUUUUACGAUUUACGCGACAUGCGAUCAACUACCAAUAUUCAAGAUUAUGUAUAUUUCAUCACGAAAAUAAGAAUAAAAAAUUGAUAAACCAUAUUCAACUGUAAAAUUUAACAAAACAAAUGUUUCAGAUGAAAACCUUUAUGUUUAAUACAUGUUGAAACCUAACAGAAUGCAAAGUACUAAAACAAAUUUUAGGAGUUAAAAACUAAAACCAAUAAAAUUCAAAAAUUCUACAGUAA